AUGACUGCAAGUUCGCAGGCUGAUGGUCUGACGACUCCUUGUUUUGCCACGAAUCUUGUGUUGACAUUGGGCAAAGAAGUGUUGGUUGAUCGGAAAACACUGAAUGUAAACGCAAGACACGCCCCAAGAAUAGCUAGAGAUUUCGAGAGAGAAGACCACACGCUGGGCAACUUGCUCAAACAGGAGCUUGCCAACGACCCACAGGUGCUCUUCGUGGCCUACAAAGUGGAGCAUCCUUUGUUUGCCAACUUUGUGAUGAGGUUGCAGACAGAAGAAGGUUACAAACCCCGGGUUGCUCUUAAGAACGCAUGCACUAGACUGAUCUCGAAACUGGGCAUUCUCAAUGACAAAUUCAAACGCGAGUGGGAGCUGAAGGCAUUGCUUGCCGAGGGCGAGUCGGACGACAUAUAA